GUGGCACCGCGCGGGCGGCAGCGGAACCUUUGUGCUGUGCCUCGCGGCUGCUCCCACCCGGGCCCACUUGGCGCCGGACGCAGUGCUGCGGGCUGGAAGCAUGGAGCCGGAGGGCGCUGGCGCUGCGGAGCCGGCUCCGGCGCUGGAGCCGUCGGCGUCCCCGGAAGACCCCCUUUUCCUGGUCAAAGGUGGGCUUUUCCUUGGUACCGUUGCUGCAGCGGGCAUGCUAGCUGGAUUUGGCACAACGUUAUCGCUGGCUAAAAAGAGAAGCCCUGAAUGGUUCAAUAAGGGAAGCAUGGCCACUGCAGCCCUGCCGGAGAGUGGGUCUUCCCUGGCCCUGCGAGCCCUAGGCUGGGGCUCUCUGUACGCCUGGUGUGGGGUUGGUGUGAUCAGCUUUGCCGUCUGGAAGGCUCUGGGAGUUCACAGUAUGAAAGACUUUCGAAAUAAGAUGCAGUCAAUAUUUCCAGCAAUUCCCAAGAGCCCCGAGUCGGCUGCCGAGUGGGAAGAAGUAUUGAAGUCCAAGUGAGAGGCGCGGGGUGAGCGACUGUUGGGGCCGGCGUGGCUCCCGCCCACCACAGCCAAGGGACUGGACUAAUGUCUUCAUGUCUCCUCGGGGACCCUGCAGACUGCUGACUGAGCGCUGGCUGGGUGGCCUCAGUGGGGGGGGAGGGAGAGGGGUGCAGAGGGGUGCCAUCCCUCUCUGCUUUCAAGUGCACAUGAGCCCCUGUGCACACAUACACAAGAGCACAACAUCCGGGGAAGGUGAAGUUUCCCCAAAGUUUAGGGAAACUAUUUAGAAAUAAUUUCACUUCUUUAGGCAAAGGAGAUCCUCGUAGAAAUAGCCCUUUGCUUAUGACUAUAAAGUUGAAACCAAGUUUUAUAUCUCAAAAAAAAUAGCGCCUGAGGAAAAGUCUUAUAAGCAGACCUCGGCCAGCCGUGGUGCCUCGGUGUCUCACGCAGCUUCACCGCCUUCGCCUUCGUUGUCCGUUUGUCUGUCGGAGCUCGGAGGGCCUGACCCAGUCAGGCGGCUCCCGGGGGCGGUGGGGAGGGCGAGGCUCCAGCCGGCUGGUCCCUGAGUCAGGUGCGCUGUCUCGGGAAAGCGCGCAAGGCUUGUAUUUAGACAGAGGGCCAAAGGCAGAGGGCGCAGCUUGAGGCGCUCGCUAUGGUUUGAGGAUGAAGACACUGGGUGAGAAGCCCGGCCGAGUCUGCGCCCACACAGUGGCCGUUCGUUGCCAUUGUCGCGGGAAAAAUAGCCCAGCCUUCACCUAUUUGGAACAGAAAGUUACCUGGGUGUUGAAUAACUCCAUAACAGUAGUUAGCACCCACCACCUCCUGCAGGAAAUCACCCAGCCCUUUCCUGCCUCCGUGAUACCUCACAGAAAACAGAGUAACGUCGACAUGCAAUUAUUUUUACUGGAGAGUAAAAUCUAGGGAAGCAGAGAAAUAUUUUAAUAUGUUAAUAUGCCCAGAAGAGUAACCUCUAGUUAUUUUAAUAUCAGUUGUGCAAUUUCUUUAUAAUUGCCUAGCCUCUAAUUAGCAAUCGAGUUUAAUAAAAGACAUUUGAAAAUUUAUGUGUUAUAAUGAAACCUUUUAGUUCUAAGGAAAUUUUUUAAAUGAAAUGUCAAGUGCCUAAUGUAACAUCUUUCUCUGGACUAUGUUACCCUUUGAAAAUUGCUGUAUUGUUAAUUAAACAGGUGGACUCAGUG